UUAAACAUACACAUUACACACGUCAUAUUAUUGUGUCUACAAUAUUUGGACUACAGCCUAUACGAAUACCAAAAUUUUUAAAGAUUAUCAGUUUUCACAGAUCUUUUACAAACUCAACAACCGGACAAGUCAAUAGGUAUCAUAGCCCGCAAAGAACAUUCCAUAAAAUAUAAUUUAUAGCGUGUUUAAUGUUUACAUUUGGCAAUCGUUUAACUGUCUGAAAAAUGCUAACGAUUAAAUGUGUAUAUAGCAAGUAUUAAUAAUUUUCGCCUGUUGACUUUUUAUUUAUAUUUCCUCGGUUCUUCGUACAACCUCAGUGUCUACUACAUAUCUCAACAUAAUACAUAACAAGAUUGCAGAUAGAGAAAAACAUGGGCAUUAAAGACGAUUUUGUAUCAAAUAUUAUAAGAAAUGAAAUCCGUUACCGUAAGAAAGAAAAAAAAACUAAAGAUGCUGCUACUAUUACCUAUUCUUCAAAAAUUGCAUUAAAUGAUGAAGAAUUCACAUUAUUAUUGAAAAAAAUGGUAAAAAAAUUAAAGAAAAAGAAAAAAAAAUCAAAUAAAGUUCAAUUAAAAAAUGGAAAAACAUUCAAUUGCACUAAAGAUGAAGAAGUAAAAUGCAAUAUAUGCAAACAGCUAUUCUCAAAGACCUAUUUUGCUAUUCAUACACAAUCUCAUAAGGCUUUAUAUAAUUGUGAUAUUUGUGACAAGAAUUUCUCUUAUCUUUCAAUAUUCAAUAGACACAAAGCAACUCACAAAGGUGAUGUGGUAGUAUAUGAAUGUAAAUUAUGUGAUUCAACAUUUAAUAAUUCUAGUGAUUUAUCCAAACAUGGUAUAUUUCAUGAAGAAGAAAGUAUAAUUUGUCAAUUUUGUUUUAAAAAAUUUAAAAAAUUUGAUGAUUUUCUAAACCACAUUAAUAUUUACUCAUUUGACAAACCCUAUCAAAGUUUAACUAACCACGUAAAAAUGCUCAGUGAAGGCACACACUGUUCAUCAUGUUGCACUUGUAAAAUGAGUUUUGCAAAGCGGGAUACUGUAAUAAAAUAUAUAAUAUGAUACAUUUUAUCAAAGAACUAAUAUAAUUUUACCAAGCAAAG